CGUAAAAACCCACAUGCAUAAACUUUUCGUAUGGUUGUUUCUUUCAACACCCAAGAAUCUCAGACCCUUCUCACACCAACUUAGUAGUCUACAGUACUGCUUAAUCUCCUUAUUUUAAAAAUGAAACAUGUGGAUGCAUUCCACAUUAUAGCUUGGUUGGACCUCCUAAACUGUUAUAAAUACACUUCUUAGAGCUCAUACUCUCUCGACAGUGCAGAGGUUAUACAUUUUCUUUAUUCACCUGUAGAGAAAUACUUCUUGUCUGUCUUGGGUUGUUACGAAAUGGGAGGUUCAUCACCAUGUGCAUCCUGCAAACUGUUGAGGCGCCGCUGUGCUAAGGACUGCAUCUUCGCCCCUUAUUUCCCUUCUGAUGACCCUCACAAGUUUGCCAUUGUUCAUAAGGUCUUUGGUGCUAGCAAUGUCAGCAAGAUGUUGCAGGAGCUUCCAGUUCAUCAAAGAGCUGAUGCUGUAAGUAGUCUAGUUUAUGAAGCAAAUGCAAGAGUGAGAGACCCAGUUUAUGGUUGUGUUGGUGCCAUAUCAUACCUUCAAAAUGAAGUUUCACAGUUGCAAAUGCAGCUGGCUGUGGCUCAAGCAGAGAUACUUUGCAUUCAGAUGCAGCAGGACCCUGUCUUACCUAUUAACCAGACAGAAGCAAUUGAUGACAAAUCGCCACUCUUUUUACCCAGUAAUAGCUUUAAUAACCUUCCCCAUCAGUACCUCAACUUUGCCUGCUCUAGCAGUGUACUCCAAGACCCUCUUAAAAGAGAGUCUCUGUGGUAACUUUUGGCUUUGUUAAUGAACUGAUGGACUCUUUCAACUCUCUUGUUAAUUAGCGUAUGGCUUGUUCUUCCUGAGAGAGGGAUGUAUUUAAUCGUUUAAUUAGUUGCGUGCAGAAACAGAAGCUUUGAUAUAAGUUUUGGUGGUCAAACCUCAAACCACGGCAUGUGAGAGAUGGAGUAUAGGCUAGGGUUUUGAAAUCUUCUCCUAGUUUCUUGAUUAAGAAGCUAUGAUAUGUUGACUAUGAGUACUCUAUGACAAGUUUUCUCUCUUGCUCUAAUUAACUUAUAUUUA